UCAUGCUGCUGCCAAGUCCAGAGUCUCUCAUGGGUCCCUGUACGGCCUCCCAUUGCUGCUGUCUCCAUCGCCACACUCUGCCAUGUGCCACUUUCAGGUCUCCUCACACUCCUGCUGGUUUCCACUUUGUCAUAGGUUGCUGUAUGGCCUCCCAUUGCUGCUGCCUCCACCGCCACACUGUGGCUCCACACUCUGGUUUUGGCCCCGUGACUGGCCAAAUGAGUGAAGUGUGCGGUGAUUCUAAGAUCGACGGCACUCAUCUGCAUGUCAUACUGACUGACAGUAUUAUUUCUCUUCCCCAGCAGACUCCAAGGGCAUUUAAAUUAAAGGUACAAUGUUCUGCACUAAUAUUA